AUGCCUGGAAGGAGGCCGCACGUCGGAAAUGGGGAACUAUUUGGGAAAAUAUCUUGCACCUCGGAGAUUCAAGCAGCAUUCAUUCUCUCCUCUUUUGUGACCUUCUUCAGCGGACUCGCCAUCCUGUUCAUUUUCAGACUCGUAUGGAAAUGCAUAAAAAGUCGUCACAGAAAAAAGGAGAAAGAAAUCUUGAAUCUAAUCUCAUCACGUACUAAUCUUUUAAGAAGGCUUUACUUUUAUGGAGUAUUUCGAGAUCGAAUAGAAAUGUUGCUCUCAGCACAGACCUUUGUGGGACAAGUGUUUGUGAUCCUAGUCUUUGUACUAAGCAUCGGCUCUCUUAUAAUCUAUUUCAUCAAUUCUAAUGACCCAGUUGGAAGCUGUUCUUCAUAUGACGAUAUAACAAUACCCAUUGAUUUGAUCUUCAAUGCUUUCUUUAGUUUCUAUUUUGGGUUAAGAUUUUUGGCAGCUGGUGACAAGAUCAAAUUCUGGUUGGAAAUGAACUCGAUUGUGGACAUUUUUACCAUCCCACCAACCUUCAUUUCUUAUUAUUUGAAGAGUAAUUGGCUGGGGUUAAGGUUCCUCAGAGCUCUAAGGCUGCUAGAACUGCCUCAAAUCUUGCAGAUCCUACAGGCCAUCAAGACCAGUAAUUCAGUGAAGCUUUCCAAGCUGUUAGCGAUAAUUCUCAGUACCUGGUUCACAGCUGCUGGAUUCAUUCACCUGGUGGAAAAUUCUGGUGACCCCUGGCUCAAAGAUAGAAAUUCACAGAAUAUAUCGUAUUUUGAGUCCAUUUACCUGGUUGUGGCAACGACGUCCACAGUUGGCUUUGGAGAUGUGGUACCUAAGACCUCCCUCGGACGGGCCUUCAUCAUGUUCUUCACCUUGGGAAGCCUGGUCCUAUUUGCAAACUAUGUCCCUGAAAUGGUGGAACUUUUUGCUAACAAGAAGAAAUUCACCAGGUCUUAUCAAGUUGUAAAAGGGAAGAAAUUCAUUGUGGUCUGUGGAAACAUCACUGUGGACAGUGUCACUGCCUUCCUGAGGAAUUUUCUCCGUCACAGGGCAGGGGAAAUCAACACUGAGAUUGUUUUCCUGGGAGAAGCCCCUCCUUCGCUGGAAUUGGAAACUAUAUUUAAAUGCUACUUGGCCUAUACAACUUUUGUUUCUGGAUCCGCCCUGAAGUGGGAGGACCUAAGUCGAGCUGCGGUGGAGUUUGCUGAAGCCUGUCUGAUUAUAGCCAACCCUCUGUGCAGUGACUCGCACUCUGAAGACACGGCAAAUAUCAUGAGAGUGCUCUCUAUCAAGAACUAUUACCCCAACACAAGAGUCAUCAUACAGAUUCUUCAUUCCCAUAACAAGGUUUUCCUGCCCAAAAUUCCCAGCUGGAACUGGAGUGCUGGAGACAACAUCAUCUGCUUUGCUGAAUUAAAGCUUGGAUUUAUUGCACAAGGCUGCUCAGUACCCGGCUUAUGCACUUUACUUACAUCUUUAUUUGUUGAGCAAAACAAAAAGGUCACUCCUAAGUGUCCCUGGCAAAAGUAUUUCUUAAGUGGCCUGAAGAACAAAAUUCUGACUCAGCGACUCUCGGACGACUUUGCGGGAAUGAGUUUCCCUGAGGUGUCCAGACUCUGCUUUGUGAAGAUGAACCUCAUGCUGAUAGCCAUCGAGUACAGAUCCACGUUCCGCAGUGGUUACUGUGGUCUGAUACUAAAUCCACCUGCACAAAUUAAGCUGCUGAAGAACACAUUAGGGUUCUUUAUUGCCGAAUCUCUGAAUGAAGUCAAAAGAGCCUUCUUUUACUGUUCCUCCUGUCAUCGUGAUGUGUACACCCCUGAGUUGAUUACAAAAUGUGGCUGCAAAAACAAGAACCGACAGCACCUGCAAGGGCCAGGGCUAGUGGUGAUGAAGAGGAACAUGAAGGACUAUUCCACUGUACAACUCUUGGAUUCUUCUACAAGAGAGGGAAGCAGAUUUACCUUGAGCUCUACCACCAGGAGUCUGUUAUCCUGUAAAAUUCUGGCAGCUCCAGGGCGUUACAUUCAGCUGCCGGAUAAAACCCCAGGCUCCUUCUACUUGAAGGAUCUCGGAGCAGAACUCCACCUUCAGAUAAGGGCAGAAGAAACUAGGCUAGAGGCACCUGUGCUUCUCAAAGCCCUCCCCCCACCCUUGGGUCUUGGGGCUGCACUCCUCAAAGGCAGGGUUGUGUGUAUGGUGAAGCUCAGCUUUCUUCCAGAGGUGGCCAUUCACAUCCCAGAUCCCCCCUUCACCCAGCCAGGGAGCGGGGCCUCUGCUUUGCUCCAAAGGAAGGCAGAUAUUAUCUUCCUCCAGCGUGUUCCUUUCCAGAAAGCUGAGAAAUUUGAAAGACUAGAGUUGUCCACAAGUAAGAGCAAGGAGAGAGAUACACAGGAUUCAGUGUCCUUUGAGAGCUUCCAAUACAGUACAAAUAUGGAAGACACGGACCAACUUGACAGCACCGGCAUGUACCACUGGUGCAAAUCCACCCCUCUGGACCAGGUGAUUCUGAAACGUUCCUUAAAAUAUGAGUUUCGGAACCACAUUGUAGCCUGUGUGUUUGGAGAUGCGCACUCAACCCUGAUGGGUCUGCGGAACUUUGUGAUACCCCUGAGAGCUAGCAACUACACCCAGCAGGAACUGAAGGACAUCGUGUUCAUCGGGUCUCUGGAUUACCUACAGAGAGAAUGGCGAUUUAUCCGGAACUUUCCCCAAAUAUACAUUCUGCCUGGAUCUGCACUCUACACUGGAGACCUGCAUAUAGUCAACAUAGAGGACUGCUCCAUGUGUGCUAUCUUAGCUCCCUCACCCAAGCCAUGCAGCAGUCCGACUCUGGUGGACACAGAGGCUAUCAUGGCCACACUCAACAUUGGAUCACUGCGAGUCAUCUCCACUACUCAGGAGUCAACAACAGGCAUUGAAGGAGCCAAUCUGGGCUUCCUGUAUAGAACACCCCAGUUCCCAGUGCAGUGCUUCCAAGUUCACAUCAACACUCCUCUUGCACCACAGCAAAGAGAAGGGAUUUCAUCUGAACUUAAUGAAUUUAGUGAGAGAAGGUUCCGACGAGUUCCCAUCCUCACUGAACUGAAAAAUCCCUCCAACAUUCACUUCAUUGAGCAGCUUGGUGGACUGGAAGGGACCCUCACAGGAACCAGCCUGCAUCUCAGCACCUCCUUUGCCACGGGUGCUGUCUUUUCUGGAAGUUUCUUGGACUCCCUCCUGGCUACAGCCUUCUACAACUAUCAUGUCCUGGAAUUACUUCACAUGUUGGUGACAGGAGGGAUAAGCUUCCAGCUGGAACAACAUUUGGACAAGGAGAAGUUUUCUGGGAUACCUGAGAAUACUACUUUCUUGUCUGGGAGGAUGCGGUGUAAGAUGGGUCUUCUAUCUUUAGACCAAACCAUAUUAUCAGACAUUCAACCAAGAAGAACCUUUGGACAGCUGUUUUGUGGCUCAUUAGACCAAUUUGGAAUCCUAUGUAUUGGCUUAUACCGCAUGAUAGAUGAUGAAGAGAACAACCCAGAACACAGAAGGGGAGUAUGCUGGCCUGGAAAGUUUGUGAUUACCCGGCCAUCGAUCCAGUUUAAGCUGAUGCCCUCAGACUUAGUGUUCUGUGCCAUUCCCUUCAGCACUGAUUGUGACAAAAAAGAUGGUGAUGUUUCUAAAAUACCUCCUUCAUAUGAAAUUAUCAAUGUAGCACCACUGACACCGGAAACGCCGCUAGAUUUAGAUCGCUCUGCAACUACUGACCUGAUGGAAGAGAAACCACUCCACAUGUUCUGUCCACAAGUCUACCCUUUGGAGCCGAGUUCGAGCCAGGUUUCUGAAUCUCCUCAAGCAGAGCCAGGCGAAAAACAGCUAGGUGAAAAUGUGAAAGGAAAUGGGAAACAAAACAUCCCGAAAGAAGGUGCUGUAUUGACUCCAACCUAA